GGCGCUUCUAGAAGCUGUGCGGCUGCAAGCGCUCAGUAUUGCUGAGUUUCCGGCCUGCGUUCAUUGUGCUCCAGCCGCGCAGUCCCUGAGGCAAGCAGGCGCAGUGAGCCGAGCCUCCCCGAGCCCCGGGCAGUGUGGCCAUGGAGAACCAGGUGUUGACGCCUCACGUGUACUGGGCUCAGCGACACCACGAACUCUAUCUGCGCGUGGAGCUGAGUGACGUUCAGAAUCCUGCUAUCAGCAUCACUGAUAAUGUUCUGCAUUUCAAAGCUCAAGGACAUGGUGCCAAAGGAGACAAUGUCUAUGAAUUUCACCUGGAGUUCUUUGACCUUGUGAAGCCAGAGCCGGUUUACAGACUGACCCAGAGGCAGGUAAACAUUAUAAUACAGAAGAAGGUGAGUCAGUGGUGGGAGCGGCUCACCAAGCAGGAGAAGCGUCCACUGUUUUUGGCCCCUGACUUUGAUCGCUGGCUAGACGAGUCUGAUGCGGAAAUGGAGCUGAGAGUCAAGGAAGAAGAACGCCUAAAUAAACUGAGACUUGAAAGUGAAGGCUCCCCUGAAACUCUUGCAAGCUUGAAGAAAGGAUACCUGUUCAUGUAUAAUUUUGUACAGUUCUUGGGAUUCUCCUGGAUCUUUGUUAACUUGACUGUGAGAUUCUUUAUCUUGGGAAAAGAGUCCUUCUAUGACACAUUUCACACCUUGGCUGACAUGAUGUAUUUCUGCCAGAUGCUGGCAACUGUGGAAACUAUCAAUGCAGCAGUUGGAGUCACUAAGUCACCAGUGUUGCCUUCUGUUAUCCAGCUUUGUGGAAGAAAUUUCAUUUUGUUUAUCAUCUUGGGCACCACGGAAGAAAUGCAAAACAGUGCUGUGGUUUUCUUUAUAUUUUAUCUGUGGAGCACAAUUGAAAUUUUCAGGUACCCCUUUUACAUGCUUUCCUGCAUUGAUAUGGAUUGGAAAGUGCUCACAUGGCUUCGCUACACUAUGUGGAUUCCUUUAUAUCCUCUAGGAUGUUUGGCAGAAGCUGUCUCAGUGAUCCAGUCCAUUCCAGUAUUCAAUGAAUCAGGAAGAUUCAGUUUCACACUGCCAUAUCCAAUGAAAAUCAAAGUUAGAUUUUCCUAUUUUCUUCAGAUUUUUCUUAUACUGUUAUUUUUAGGGUUAUACAACAAUUUCCGCCACCUUUAUAAACAGCGUAGGCGACGUUUUGGACAAAAAAAGAAAAAGAUGCACUAAAAAGAGAUUUCUGUGACUUUUUGUCAGUUUGAGCCUAAUCUAUGAUUCUUAGUUUUACCACCUUGUACCAAUGUAUAAGUAGUUUUUUUUUUUUUAACAAUUAAAUUCUCAGUGAGGGUAUCUCCCUUUCCACCAGUAACAUUCUUGAAUUUACUGUAUUAUCUUAAUGUACUAGUUGCAUGACAUGGAUUUCUGAUAUCUGAUAACAGGUUCGUUCUUGUGUAUUCUGUUAGUGACAGCAAAAGGCCCUCACCCCACUCCAUGUCCAGUCAGCCUGUUUCAUACAGGCCAGGAUAUUUCUUCAGUGCUCUAACCCUAGAACAUAAUGGCCAUUCUCAUGGUUGGGAUUUGUUCUUUUCAGCUAUCCUUGUGAAGGAAAGCAAGACCAUGUUGUUUUAUAGGAGGCUGUAAAAAUGACUCAGGUAGGACCUAGUAUGUUCUGUUAAGUGGGGUGGCAUUGACCUUUUAUUAGGUUAGGUUCAGUCAGGGUGGUGGUUAAAGAACAUAUAUCAGAUCUGACAUUUUUGGGCCUCUAAAUGCUUACUAGUGUGGGCACUGGAGAGGCACAGAAUGAAAACAAAUCAGACCUUGGAACACCAUGAUCAUUUCUAACUAAAUCAGAACUAUUUUCAACCCUGAAGAAAGAUAAUACAUUAUUUAGAAAACAAUGAGAUUAUGAAGGAUUCCAAAUUGAAAUGGCUACAGGGGCCCAAAGGAACAAACAUAUGGGUCCACUGGCAGUAAGUUGCUGGCAAUGCCAAGUGGCAACUGGAGAUAUAAUAGGCCAAACUAAUAAACACACCUACAAAACUGUCUUAAGCUGUGCACAAACAUGAAAAAGUCAGUUCUCCUUCCCCUGCACUCACUGUGUCCAUUUACUUUUGUGCCAGAGUGAGUGGUAGGACUGUUUUUGAAAAUACGUGACUUUAUUUUGCUAUUGUUAGACUGGCUUUUUCCUUUGUCUGCAGUAGUACAGUGGGAACUGAGAGGGAACAUUAGCUGUAGAACCACCAGCUGGUCUUCUGCCAACAUUCCUGGCGGAAACACACCAACAGUAGGGGAACAAAAAUACUUCUAGACAUUAUGAAGGUUGGCCAUUCUAAAAAACAGCAGUUUCCUUCAGUACAUUCCAAGUAAACCAAGUAAAAUAAGUGUUUAGUGAUGCUUGUGUAAUAGACUUUAAGGCACAAUAGCCCUCUCAGCUCUAUUUCCAUUGUUCCUGGGGGAAAGGAGAUUCAGAGUUUUGCUAUCUGUUUCUCUGAGCCCAAGAUGGAAACUUGGACCUAACAUAUCUGAUUAGCAUAGGCUGGCUGAUUUUUUUAAAAAUUCAUUGCACUGAAGGAUAUUUUGCAUGCCUGUAUAUUUCUGUCAACCCUUGUUUGUACUGACUUCUGAUGUUUUUUUUCCGACUUGAGUUCCUAUAUGUAAUUGGACGUAUCAGCUUUGCAGUAAAUUAUGCUGUAUUCUUAGUGAUUGUUAUAAACUGUUUUAUUCCUGUCUAGGAAACAAAAAAGAUGGUUUCUAUUAAAACAUUUACAAUCAAAAUCCUAA